CGGCGCGGGAGGUGCUCUCCCCUCUCCCUCACCCUUUUCCCCCCUUCCCCCGGCCGUGGAGGCUCCGCGAGCCCAGUCCCGGCGAGGAGGCCGUGCCAGUGACCACCAUGGCGGCGGAGUCGGUCCUGGAAGUGGUGGAGAGGCUGCAGUCGAGACUGGCCGGGAACCCUGAGCCGAAGAAGCUACUAAAACAUCUGAAGAGACUCUCAGAUUUACCUAUCACAGUGGACAUUCUUGCGGAAACAGGUGUUGGGAAAACAGUGAAUGGUUUGCGGAAACAUGAACAAGUAGGAGGUUUUGCCAAGGACUUAGUAGCUCGAUGGAAGAAGUUAGUUCCUGUUGCCCAGGAGGUUGAAAGGAGUGUUGAACCUGAGGAGCAAGACCUUGAGCGAAGUAGCUCUAGAAAACGUCCACGAGAUGUUUUUCCCAAGGAGGAAGAAAUGGAGGGGGCCUAUCGAGAAAGUUGGAAGGCUUCUUGUAGCCAGCCACACAGUCCUGAGUGCCGAGAGAAAAAGCAUCGGAAACUCUCAGAAUUUGAGAGGACAGUCAAGGCAAGAGACGAGAGAAAGCGAUGGGACAGAACCUCCCCAUUCUAUGCCUCAGAUCACGAUUUAUCAGACAGUAGUCAUGUUCACUCACCUCAGCCUACAACAAGCCCCCAGCAGUUUUCCAUGGACUAUGAUCAACCCCAAGAAGAAGAGGAAGAACAACUGGUGUCACAUCGGAAGGUUGGCAAAAGCCAUGGUCAUGUCUUUCAGGACCGAGGGGUAAAUAGCCAAGAGAGAUGCUUGGGUGAGCCCCAGGAUAGAGUGUCUGUGAGCCGGAGCAAAGAGCACAAGACUUCACAGAAGGAAAAGCAUCGAUUAGAUACAAAAGAGGAGAAGACCUUUAGUUUGGGCCGAGAAAAAGUGACUAAGGCUGCUUCCCGAGAGGAGGGUCGAAGAUCGCCCUUAGGAACCAGUACUAAGGAGAAGCAGGCAUUAUCUGGUGCUGCCAGGAGAGAGAGGGACAAAGAGGGCAGCAGUAGCAAAAAGAAGAGUUUCCCUUCCUUGGAAGGAGCUUCUGUCAAUCAUAUGAAAAAAGCAAAGCACAAGGAUGCACAGAAAUCCAAAUUGGAAAAGACCAAGCUCAGUGUGGACAGUUUUGAUGUAGGAAAAUGGGAGGGAGAAUUUUCUCCUAAGUCAAAAGAAAAAGGAGGGUCUAACAGCUUAAAGACACGGGAAGGGAAAUCUAAAAUCUCUGACUCAGACAGAAAAACAUCAGGCCACUUUCCAGGGGCUGGAGAGACAGAUGUAGAUGAUGACUAUGAACAGCCCACCAUGUCUUUUGAAUCAUACCUCAGCUAUGACCAACCCCAGAGGAAAAAAAAGAAAGUGGUUAAAACUACAACCGGGGUUCGUGCAGAGAAAACUCACAGUAAACAGAACGGUUCGAAAGCUGAUCAUAAAAACUCAAAUAGUGCAGUUCAGAAACUCCCUAAGAUGAAUGAGAGCAAGGCAGAAAAGCAACAUUCUGGAACCAGCUCAGUCAAACUCAAAAAGGUCUCUCCUGAUGUGACACCAACAUUACCAGACAUCCCUUUGCCCACAAUUCAGGCCAAUUAUCGUCCACUUCCUUCUCUUGAACUGAUUCCCUCCUUUCAGCCAAAGAGGAAAGCAGUCUCCUCACCCCAUGAAGACGAGGAAGCUGGAUUUACUGGGCGUAGGAUGAACUCAAAAAUGCAAGUCUACUCCGGUUCCAAGUGUGCCUAUCUGCCCAAGAUGAUGUCUUUGCACCAGCAGUGCAUCAGAGUCCUCAAUAAUAACAUAGACUCAAUCUAUGAAGUUGGAGGUGUUCCCUAUUCUGUACUUGAACCAGUUUUGGAAAGAUGUACUCCUGAACAACUCUAUAGAAUAGAGGAGUGCAACCAUGUAUUAACUGAAGAGACUGAUCAGCUAUGGAAGAUUCACUGUCAUCGAGACUUUAAGAGAGAGAGACCAGAGGAGUUUGAGUCUUGGCGGGAGAUGUAUCUUCGGCUCCAAGAUGCCCGGGAGCAGCGACUACUCCUCUUGACAGAGAACAUUCGAUCUGCUCAUGCCAACAAGCCCAAAGGUCGACAAGCAAAGAUGGCCUUUGUCAACUCUGUGGCCAAGCCACCUCGUGAUGUCAGAAGACGACAGGAGAAAUUUGGUACUGGAGGAGCAGCUGUUCCAGAAAAAAUCAAGAUCAAGCCUGCCCCAUACACUUCAAAUAGCAGCUACCCCUGCAGUAGCAGCAGCAGUGGGGGCAGCGGCGGGGGCAGCUACAACAGUGCUGAAGAUGGACAGCCAUACGAUGGCCCGAGCACCAGCAGUGCCCACUCGGUCUCCUCAGCAGUCAGCAGCACAGUGUCUUAUGAUCCUAGGAAACCACCUGUGAAAAAAAUUGCCCCAAUGAUGGCCAAGACGAUCAAGGCAUUCAAGAAUAGAUUCUCCCGGAGAUAAAGCCUUCCUGGAAGAAGAGAAGGGAGGGAGGGAAGAGGGAGAGUGAACCUCACAGAGAAGUCUAGGAUAUUUUGCUCCAUGGAGCCAGUUGCUACCACACACAUCUCUAAAACCUGCCCAAGGAUUGACAGAACCAUUUCUCCAGGUUUAGUGCCUGUAAACUACCUGCACACAGCCCCUGCCUCCCUGCCGAGAGAGCACUUGAGACUUUAUAAGGAAAGAUGUGAAGCCUUGGGACUCCCGAGGAUUUUAAGGUCAAUUCAACCUUGUUAGCAAACCUCUUUGUAAACUAUGAAAAAUAGUUUUAAUUAAUAAAUAUUUCCCCAGAUUGUA